GACCGUGGCGCUGCUGAGAUGGUGCUCCAAACCAUCAGUGCUAGUAAAGGUGAGAUGGGUCCCAUGGUGGCAUCUACUCUGAAACUGGGCAUAGCUAUUCUCAAUGGUGGGAACUCAACCGUACAGCAGAAAAUGUUAGAUUAUUUGAAGGACAAGAAGGACGUGGGCUUCUUUCAGAGUCUGGCUGGUCUCAUGCCGUCAUGCAAUGUUCUGGAUCUAAAUGCAUUUGAGAGGCAAAAUAAAGCAGAGGGACUGGGAAUGGUGACAGAGGAAGGAUCAGGUAAGAUUCCCUGUGUUUAUACCUUUUGGACUAAUUUUGAAAAAAUACAUUUACAAAAACCAAACAUUAUCAAACAUUUCUUUUUCCGGGAUGGAGUUGAUGACCUUAACUUUCUAUUUAUUGAAAGCAUAGAGAAUGUUAAUAUUAAAAUACUUAACUUAUCUAGGUCUAGUUAAAAUAUUUAAUUAACCCAAUGAUGAUCAGUGUAAAGCUGCUUUUAAAACAACACAAUAUUCUGAAAUAACCUUCAACACUGUAGAAACACUAAGAUUGUAGAGAGCCACCAUUUAUUUUUCACAUUGCUCGUUAUAAUCAAUAAAAAGGUUUUUGGUUUUUUUCCUGUGUAAAUGAGGUGGUAAUUCAGUGUUGCUGGUUCGCGUGCAUUAUCAAGUAUGAUUUUCUGAUGUACAAGCGUGCUGAUGAUUUGUCUUGUACAUCUCUUGUUUGUAAACAUUACAAAGACUUUUCAAACCAUAAAAAAAUGUCACCACUCUUUCCAACUCCAU